AAAAAAGGUAAAUUAGCAGCGUUUAUCGGUUGAUUUACACGGUUACUGCAGGUAUUAAUUGAUCGGUCGGUGUGUGCAGUAACAGAGGGGCUUUUCUUGAGGAGAGCAGCGUAGACUCGGACAGGGCUCCUGAUGAAGGUGUGCAGGUAAUACUUUGAGAGCCCCGCAAGACGCCAUGUCUGAAGAGGCGAUUUCAGAAAGUGACCUGGAGCCCAGCCUUAACAGUGAAGAGGAGUACUUUGAAAAUGAAGAAGAGGAGGACAAUGAAGACAUGGAGGAAGAUGAAGAUGAAAAUGAUGGCGAUGAUGAGGAUGAUGAGCGACCUGCCAGUGCCCAGAGCCAGACUGAAACAGCUCAGGAUGGCAGCAGAGACUCCCCCUCCCCUUCAUCUGGAGAGCCUUCCCCUGAUUCUCCAUCUCAGCCCACAUCCCACCCUUCCUCCAGGGCUCCCUCUAGACCUGACUCUCGCACUCAGCUUCCAGCCAGCCCUGAGAACUCAAGCCAGAGCAAGCCCCCUUCCAGUAAAACAAAGAAGCAGAAAGCUUCUAAAUUAACCAAAUCCUCCAAGUCUUCAAAAGGCUCCAAACCUUCCAAGCCAUCUAAGCCUGCACACAUGAGGAAAAAUAUCAGAAAGCUACUGAAAGAUGAUCAGCUUGAGGCUGGUACCAAGGCUGCACAACAGGAAGAGAUGGAGAGGCUGAAACGUCUGGAGCAGCAGAGGAAAGACUUCCCUAUACCAGCCCCAAGUGUUACAGACACACAACUAGUGGAUGCUGCUUCAAUUCUAGGAGAAGUAUCUCACCUCAUGCCUGCUCUCCUUAGCAAGCAGGAUGUGAUCUGUCUGGACAGCAGCGGCGAUGAAGAUGAACAAGCAGAGCCCAAUCUGACUGCACUUGCCAGAGAUGAUAUAAUUGAGCUCAGUUCUGGGGACGAGGAUGCCCUGCAGAUAAGCAGUGAGUCGGCUGACGAGGACGUGGAUGGCACCUCCAACACAGACGACAGCAGUGGUGCACACAUCAACGAUGACCUGAACCUGCCUGAUGCCCAUGGUCGAGUGCUGGUUAAUAUCAGUCACCCUGCAGAGGAGAAAGAUGUUUAUCUCGCUCCACAGCUGGCCAGGGCUGUCAAACCUCACCAGAUUGGGGGAAUCAGGUUUCUCUACGAUAACCUCAUUGAGUCCCUGGAGCGGUAUAAGACCAGCAGUGGCUUUGGUUGCAUCCUUGCUCACAGUAUGGGGUUGGGCAAGACACUGCAGGUCAUUUCCUUCAUUGACAUCCUUCUGCAGAACACUGAGGCCCACACUGUGCUGGCUAUUGUCCCUGUGAACACACUUCAGAACUGGUUGACAGAGUUUAACAUCUGGCUCCCAUCCCAAGAAGCUCUUCCUCCUGACACUGACCCCGCAUUCAUCACAGGCCGCGCAUUCAAAGUUCACAUUCUCAACGACGAGCACAAAACGACGCUGGCGAGGGCCAAGGUUGUGGAAGACUGGUCCAGAGACGGAGGUGUGCUGCUCAUGGGUUAUGAGAUGUACCGCCUGCUGUCAAUGAAAAAGAGUUUUGUUAUGGGCAAGAAGAGAAAAUCGAAGAAGCCUGCCGGGCCAAUCAUCAUUGACCUGGAUGAAGAAGAUAGGCAGCAAGAGCUCAUGAAAGGUAUUGAAAAGGCCAUUGCGCGACCUGGUCCGGAUGUGGUGAUCUGUGAUGAGGGCCAUCGCAUUAAGAACUACCAUGCCAGCACAUCGCAGGCCCUAAAGAACAUCCGCUCCCGGCGCAGAGUAGUUCUGACGGGUUACCCGCUGCAAAACAACCUUAUCGAAUACUGGUGCAUGGUUGACUUUGUGAGACCCGACUUUCUAGGCACACGUCAGGAGUUCAGCAACAUGUUUGAGCGACCCAUUCUGAACGGACAGUGCAUGGAUAGCACACCUCAAGAUGUCCGCUUAAUGCGUUACCGCAGCCACGUCCUACACAGCCUACUGGAGGGUUUUGUCCAGAGACGGGGUCAUGAUGUGCUACAAGACCAGCUUCCCUCAAAGGAGGAGCAUGUGAUCUUGGUGCGGCUCUCUCCCAUUCAGAGAGCGCUGUAUACUGAGUUCAUGAAACGCUUCAGAGAGGCAGGGAACAGUGGUUGGCUCGGUCUUAACCCACUCAAGGCCUUCUGUGUAUGCUGCAAGAUCUGGAAUCACCCAGACGUCCUUUAUGAAGCCUUGCAGAAAGAGAAUCAGGCCAACGAGCAUGACCUGGACCUCGAUGACAUCACUUCAGCUAAUAACACCCGCUGCCCGGCACCUGGUGCUGGCCUCAAAGCCAAAGUAGCCGAUUCGAGCAACAGCAAAGUCAACAACACCUUGCCACCACUCAACCCUUCUCAGGAAAGAGCCAACCAAGUCAUCACAUAUGAAUGGGCAAAGGACAUAAUGUCAAACUACCACAUAGGAGUUUUGGAGAACUCUGCCAAGAUGCUGCUCCUCUUUCAUAUGAUUGAAGAAAGUGUGAGAAGAAGAGACAAGAUUUUGGUCUUCAGCCAAAGCUUGUCCACCCUGUCAGUCAUUGAGGACUUCUUAUCAAAGAGACCCAUGCCUCCAGGCAUUGCCUCCUCUGACGCUCAGAGCCAAAGCUGGGUUCGAAACGUCAAUUACUACAGACUGGAUGGGAGUACAUCUGCGUCAGAGAGAGAGCGACUUAUCAAUCAGUUUAACGACCCAGAGAACAGCGCAACGUGGGUCUUCCUACUUUCUACCAGAGCGGGCUGCUUGGGCGUAAACCUGAUUGGAGCCAACCGUGUUGUCUUGUUCGAUGCCUCCUGGAACCCAUGUCACGAUGCCCAAGCUGUGUGUAGGGUGUAUCGCUACGGGCAGAGAAAACCAUGCCACAUCUACCGCCUCGUUUGUGACUACACCUUGGAGAAGAAGAUCUAUGACAGACAAGUGUCGAAACAGGGCAUGUCUGACCGGGUGGUCGAUGACCUGAACCCAGCACUAAACUUCACCCGCAAGGAAGUUGAGUCCCUGUUGCACUUUGUGGAGGAGGAGGCUGAAUCUGGCAAAAUUGGUCAUCUGGACUCCUGGGGAGACUUAGAGACCAUAUUACACCAAGCCUGCCAAUUUUACCCGCACCUCAUAACCAAGCAACCUUUUCAUCACGAGUCUCUGCUAGUGGACCGGAAGGAGUCAAAACUGACCAAAGCAGAGAAGAGAGCCGCCAAGAAGAGCUAUGAGGAUGAGAAACGAGCCUCUGUGCCCUACUCUCGCCCAUCGUAUGCCCCUUAUUACCCAACCAGCGAUCAGACGCUCACUAACAUACCAGCAUUCAACCAACGUGGCUGGCGUGCUAUGGCACGGCCGGAUGACAAGCCUGUGGCAAGUGUCAGACCCAUCCAAUCGACCCCAAUCCCUAUGAUGCCUCGCCAGGUCGGCAUGGGCAUGGCUGGCUCCGGUUCUGCCGGCAGCCUGCCUGUCAACCACCUGCAGAAAGCUGGAGUGUAUGUGCAAAGGAUUGUCACCACAACUGAUAUUGUAAUCCCAGGAGCUAACAGCACAACAGACGUUCAAGCUCGAAUUAGUGCAGGAGAGAGCAUCCAUGUAAUCAGAGGAUCUAAAGGUACCUACAUCAGGACGAACGAUGGAAGAAUUUUUGCUAUUCGAUCUGGAAAGAUCAGUAGACAAGCAGCCGGGGGAUCUGUUGCUUCAAGAGAGACCCAGGGUUCCCUCAUCCAUCCAGUCAGUAAUGGCUGUUCAUCCCCUGUGCAGCAGCAGCAGCAACAUUCCCCCAAUGGGGAGCAGCGGUCCUCCACUCCUUUAAGCUCUGAGAUUCUCAGAGAGCUCAGUCGCUACACAUCCACAGACAAUACCACUGCUGGCAUGGGGAGAGAUCUACCAUCCCCAUCAGACGGGUCCACUGCACUAGCAGGGGACGAAGGCAGUUUGCAAAACAGUCAGACUUCUGACCUCAGUAGACAACUCGGUGAAGACCUCCUGAGCUCAGCUUUGGAGAUGCGAGGCACCAAACGCAAGAGUACUGAAAGCCAGGGCAGCAUGCAGUUAGGAGGCAAACGCACAAAUGCUGCAACACAUUUCCCUGGACUGUCCGUGGGCUCCAGUGGACUCAGUUUUCCUCCCGUGGGUCUGAACUCUUCCUCCCUAUUGGGGACCUUAGGGCACAUGAGUCACCCACUUUUGAUGGGUGGUAGUAGUGGAUCUUCAUUCCUUCAGUCACCCGGACAAACACUGGCUGACCUACAGACCAUGUUCCCUUCUGCAGGCUCAGACCUGCUGAGACAGUCGGCCACAGGUAACGGACACCUCCCCACGCCCUCCUCGUCCGCUCUGUCCACCGUUUACUCCUCUGCUUCCACCACCAUUCCCAUGUCAACGACGCCCUCAGCAGCAACUUCUUCCUCGCUGGCAUCAGGCUCUCUGCCUCCAUACUUGAUGAACCCCAACAUGGCUGGCCUGCUUUCGUCAGGGUUCCCUCUCAAUUACAGUCAGUCCUUGCUGUCUGAGCCGAGGAUGUUCUCCAACCCUCUCCUCUCUGGGUCGGGAGGAUUCUCCGCGCCUAACUCCAGCUCUACUGCAUCCAGUUUCCUCUCCCAUUUUAACAACCCCACCUCCAGCCUGUUGGGGGCAGCUCUGACCCAGCCGGACAGACAUCAGAGUACAGAGAACGGCGGCAGUAGUUCUGACGAUGACGUUAUAGAGGUGAUGGGACAGUAGAGUUACGGAGAGGCACAUUCACACACAAUCUUACCAGUCAUCAUUAACCUGAAGUACAUCAGGCAUGGGAAUGAUUAAACGUUAACAAGACUUAAUUGACUAAAUUGAUUCUGUUACAGUGACUCAAAAUGCUGAUUAGUGAUGCCUUGUUACAUUUUGAAUGUACAAGUAUGUCAUAAAGUGACAUCAAAAUUAGAAAAAAUAAAAUUUACAUAAAUAUCCCAGAAAAUGACAUGUAAUGUUAAUACUGGGUUAUGGUGAAAAGUUACAUGUGUUUCAAGAUGUCUGCCGGACUAUUUAAACCAUUUAAAAGGUUUAUAUUCUUCUUUUAUCAAUAAAAUAAACUGCAUUCCCAUUCCUAAUGCUUAUAUAGAGUUCACACACACUCACACAUGGACUCUCGCCCACCACAUGCAAAUGAGAGCAUCAACUUGUACCUUAAUGACUUUACAAAGUCAGAGUAACAAAUCCUUAUGCUGAAUAAUGCCAGACUUGUUCAGCUGGAGCAACAAAGGAGCGGGGACAGUUGUCAUUCGGGGACCAGCUGAAUCUUGAGGGGGGGCUUCUUGAGCACAGCCUCUUCUGCUACAUUUUGAAUCAUGGUCGCGCCAUGCUGUGCAGUUAAGUUUUAUUUCCUCUGAAUCCAGAUGGAAUAAAUAGAUUAAACUGCUUCACGUUGGAUUUUCUCCUGAUGUAUUGCUGUGAAAGGAGGAAGUAGACAGUUCUCACCUGCUGAAUACUGAUAUACUGCAUUUUUCUUCAGGGCAGUUUCCUCAACUGGUAAACAAAACUGGAAAGUUUUAUACCACAAAAAAUAAACACAAAUUUGUGUUAUUUUUUGUCAAAACCAGUGUGACAAUAUAUUCAGCGAAAAUCCUUCAACAACUGAAAUUUUAGGCGUUCAGAGCAUAUUUUAGUCUUUAGUAAUUUGAUAGACUGUAGCAUCCCCUGUUGAGAGGUUAUUAUGUGUAAUACUAUAACUGAAUAUGUUGAUACUUUGUAAAUAGUGGUCAUUAUCAUUGUUUAUAUUGCAAGUCGAUACUGUGCAGUGUGUAGAUUUUGGUCGUAGGGAAGUUAUUACAGUGACUAUCAUCAUGACAAAACAGGCCCUCGCACUGACGCCUGGGGAAACAAAGUUUUUUUUUUUUUCAUUUCUUUUUUUUUUGUCCUUAAAACUAAAAUGAAUGUACUUUCAUGUUAGCCUUUGAUAACACAUGGGGCUGGGACAUGGAGUCAGACUGUGUUCUUUCAUUUUUAGCCUUAAAUAACACAAAGGGGUCUUGAGUGUUUAUCUUAGUACAUCCUUGUUACAAAUCUGAUGGGAGGAACUACUGAGCAUUUAGACAGCCGGUGUCAAACUCAGAAAGCACCAAGUGUGAAAGCUGCAAAAGCUUCUCAUCUGCGCCUUUUGUUGCAGGUUUUUACUGUAGUGUCCCCAACCAUCUGUUGAUACAUCAUCGCUGAGUCAGGCCACAUGUAGAGUUUUGAUCAUUAUUUUCAGAGCCUUGCUGAGAACAAACAUUACCUAAACUGUAGAAACCAUUGCAUUCAUGCAGCCUGAGUGUAUAAUACCUUUUUAAGUCAAUGUAGCCACCAAAGCAUCAGAGCAGAUGUUGAGAAUUUCAUCACCACCACCAAUGACUGUGGCAGAACCAGGUCAGGUGAUGCGGUGGCCUUACUAAAAGAGACAGUGCCAUCCUGUGGUAGCUUUUCACAGAGGUGCUUGUCGUGUUAAGUAGCUUCUGUCAGUAGUGUCAGUCAGUGUAGGUCUGCCUUGCUUUAGGGAGUUUAGGUCUCUGCUGUUCUCUGUAGCCUUGUGAUUCUGUGUUGUGACGACACCUCAAGGUAUUUAGAUUUAGGAAAGCCCUCUCCUCGCCUAGCCACAGUGGGGUUUUUAUUCUCAGCCUUUAGAGAGCACUGGAUAAUCUGAGACAAUGCAUCAUUCCCUCUGGAGUUACUUUUUUUGUAGAGGACUAUGUGGGGACUAUUUGCCUCCACAGUCUGAGUACUGUUCAUUUAUUUUAUUUGCUACUAGCUCCGUUAUUGUAGUUCUGCGUUUCUCUCAUGGUCAUCUUCAUUUUUUUUUUAUGCCUGUCUUUGGGAAUUUGUGAUUUCUGUUUAUUCCAGAUUUGAAGGUAGAGCUUGCACUUGGAAAAAAAGAUCAUAUCUGCUUGAGAACUGUACAAGCUACUUCAUACUGACCCCCCACGUCUCUAUUCUCAGUCUUCUCAAUAAGUCAGAAACACUUUGGAUUUCAAUCUAGGGAAUUAUCAGUUUAUACAUAAAAAAAAAACAAAAAACAUCUGUCUGCCAUUUCUUGUCAACUGUGUGCAUUUUUAUGUUAAUUUUUAAAAAAUGUUUUUAUAACUUCUUAUUGGUGUACACUCACCUGGCAGUAGUUUCCCUUAUUUCAAUGUAAGUGUUUGAAAUUUAUUUAUUUAUGAUGGAAAAUAUAUUGUUUCUUUUUGUAAUUACGUUUUUUAACAUUUUGUUCACUUUGACCCAUUGACGGCUGAUCCAGUGAGAAUUUCGUACAUGCAGCCUAGAUUGAAGCAGAACGACUGUGUUAUCAAUGUUAUUUUAACAAUAAAACACUCACAAUUGUAGUGUGAA